GGUCGUGGUUGUUGUUGAUCAUUGCGUUGUUGAUCAGCUGUUCCAAACUUCUGUCCGGAGGUCGGUGGAUCGUGGACGAUGGUGAUGGCAAUCAAUUUAAGCUGUUGAUCUCACAGAGUGUGUUUACAUACGGGCCUCCAUCCAUAGCAAGCUAAUGAAGAUAGCCUGCUCGUUCUUCAUUCAACUAGACUUCUACACAGAGAUUGACAUGGUUCUAGAUGAACUGACAUACAGGCCUCCAUCUAGCUCCACCUGUGUACUAUAUGUACCACAUCUCUGCCUGCAUUACUGAUCCAGCAUCUCAUCUGUUGGAGUUAGCUACAUAUGUGAUUGAACCCAUCGACCUUUGACCUCAGAAAUAUGUCAAAUCAGACAAACAUGAAAAUCAAACAGAGACACACCUAAUUGUGAUUGAUUAUUAAUUGCGUGUACACACUGCAUGGAACCCUCUCAAGUCUACACGGAUGAGUGGACUGACUCUCAUUGCAUUGUAGAUGAACCGUUGCUAGUCGUCAUUCAGAACACAGUGUCUGAACAUUGAGACUAUAGACUGCAUUCCAUAGAUCCUGUACUAAAGAUGUAUCUACCAAGGAAACAUCCAAUGGAAGCCUGAUUAGUCUUCACCAUGGACAUAAUUUACUUUGUAUAGUGUCAAAUUAGAGUCUGAGCUUUGAGACUACUAAACAACCUGUUGAUUUCAGUCGAGUUCGUGAAUGGAUAGCGAUUCAGCAUUGGAGAUCCCCCAAAAGAGUGCCAGAGGAGAAAAGAACUACUUGCUACCAGGAAUUCUCCCAGUUUUUCUAUCAAUCUGAAAUUGGACUCGAGCUAGCAAUGGAUUUUUCAUUUUAGUAUGAGGAUGUAUUAUUAAAUAAAAGAUGACUGCAAUAUGUAUUAUCAUGACCUUGAGGGAACGAUCAUGAUUGUAGCAUACAGUAAGUGAGAGACAACUACUGAAGUACCUGCAUUAUUUUGGUUUCAAGUUCAAGGAAAACAGCAUCAGAAUAUUUUACCUUUUAUAUGCACAUACAAUCAUAGCCAGUUCUCUCUCUCUCUCUCUCUGCCUCUCUCUCUCUCUCUUUCGCUCCCUCUCUCGCUCUCUCUCUCUCUCUCUCUCUCUCUCUCUUUCUAUCCCUCUUUCUCUCUCUCCAUCUGUGAGUUUUACCGAUGGAUGAUUCAUAACGGACCAAUCAAUAAUUGAAUGCUGUUCUUUUCUGCGCGGAGGACCUUGUGGCAUUGUUCUCAGGAAUCAUUCACACUGGAAUCAGAUCUGUGAAUGAAAGUGACGGAAACGUGAGAAUAUUUUUGGAAAUCAUGUGAGAAACAAUUUUCAACAUAUGUUUAAUAUCUGAGGAGAACACGUCAAGGCAGUUCACUCGUAUUCUAGAUCUACAAUGUAUGACAUAUACCAGCGACUUUCAGUGCUUUAAUUUUGUUCUUAGAUCAUUUGGAUACUGUAUUGGAAUUGUGCAAUUGAACUUCAACUUGGGCCUACUUACAUUGAACGAUGACAUGUGAAGAAAUUAAAGCCCAGAAAACCAGCAGGUGCACUUUUGGAAAGGAUAGCUGCUGAGUGGAUCUAAGAGAGAGAUACAUUCAAGUGGAUAUUGGAUUCCUUUGAAUACUCUCAAGUGGAGAGUGCUUGGUUGACUGCAACACGACAGCUUUAAAUCAAGUAGUGAUACUUGAUUUCACCUACAUGUACAUGCGCAGUGCCUGUGUCCUCUGUAGACAUUAAUUGAAUUUAGAAGAGAAAGAUGGUCUUCAAGGUAACUUUGUACAGUCAUAAAGCAGUUCUCAAUAUUCAUGAGUAUUGAGGUCCAGAGGAAUUUACAGGACAUAGUCUAGGACAUACUCUAGGACAUACGCUAGCAGUGGAUUAUAAGGUCUCUACACAAGUCUUGAGAUCUCUUGUACGCAUCCAAUGAUAACCUUGCGAACUUGCAAAGAGAGAAGCGUAAUAAUAUACAUGUGAUAAUCACAUACAUGCAUACUUGCAAUCUUGAUUGAUAAGUAGAUAUUUGUGGACGUUUUCCGUGAAUUCAAACCAUCAAUGAGCUUCCACCUUGUAUUAGGGUUUAAUAUGUGAUCAAAGUAUGCUAGUCUUUCAUAACAGACUGUCAUCCAAUCGAUAUAUUAUUCAUUCUGUCUAGUACAGUACUGCAAAAGAUAGAAUUUUCAUUCUCUUUGCUAAUGUGUGAAUAUAUUUAUGUGCAUUUAGUCUUCCUUAAAAAUAUCAUCAAUUCCAGGGAUUAAGUGCCUUUUUUUUCAUUAAAGAAAAGUUUUAUAUUAGAUCAAUGUAAUAUAAAUACAAACAUUAGUUUUGUGCAAUACAAGAUUUAUUUCAUAUUAAAUUUCAAAAGUUUAUGGCAUAUCUAUCCUUUAAAGAAAAUCUAUUUUUACAAAGAUUACUUUAAUAGGAUUUUUAAUAGAGAUUUAUCAUCUUUAAUCUUCAUUUUAACUCAAUUACGGUAAUUUUUGUUCAAGCCAGUUCAAGACACUUCUUUGUGAAAUAGUACCAUACAUCUGAGUUUUUUACUUGCUUUUUGAGGAGUGAGCAUAGUUAAUUCAAUCAAAAUAGUUGUUAGCUUGAAGCUCCACUGAUACGCAUGCUCUGUAUGAUUUACAUGAACAUUGAAGCAAAGUAGACUCUGAAUCAAAGAACAAUGGGAGAUUAUGAUGAGGGCUUGGCUAGCGGGGAGUCGUUCCCCUCUCACGACGAGAUCAAGACGAUCGUAGAGCAGAAAGCGAGGGAGCUGUUCAUGGUUUGCGAUGUGGAGCAGAAGGGGUUUGUGAGCAAGCGAGACAUGCAGCGGCUCGUCGAUGAACUACCUCUCAUGCCUGAUCAGCUGGAGGAAGUCUUUGAUUCCCUGGAUGACGAUAAGAAUGGAUACCUGACGCUGGAGGAGUUUACUGAGGGGUUCGGAGGAUUUCUUGGUCUUAAGUCAGCUCCUAUAGAUCACAUUGAGACAGACGAUGGAGAGUAUACAGAGAAUCGAGAUCAUGAUGAGAUAGAGAGAGACUUCAAACAUGCAAUGGAAAGCAUCGGUGCUACAGGGGUCAUAGCUGAACAUGAUUCAGUCAAGGAUCUGUGGAAGAAACUGAAUCAAGAUGAGCCAGGUCUUCUGACAAACUUUGAGGAUUUCAUCCAACAUGUGUGCUUGGACAAGAGGACUUCACAACUCAAUACAGGCGAACUGGAGAAUGCACUCAAAAGCCGAGACACCAUACACCAGCAGGACAUAAAGCAUCUGUAUGAGGAGAUGGAGAGACAGAUUCGGAUGGAGAAAGAAAAGAUCCUUUCAGAGGAAAAGGAGAAGGAGAGAAAAAUCCGAGAGCAGCUGGAGCAUGAUAUGCAAACCAAAGACGAGCAAUUGAAUUCAUUACUCAACAAACAAGCAGAGCUGGAACAGAAGCUAUAUGAACUGAGUCUGACUGAGACGGAGGUCAAAGAAGAAAAUGAGUCUCUUCAAGAGCAAAAUGAACAUUUAUCCAUGAAGCUUGAUUCCUCUCAGACUGAGCUUGUAGAAUCCAAGACAUACCUCAAAGAAAUGAAUGAAAAACACUUGAAAGAUAAGAGAGAAAGAGUCAAGAGCAAUGUUAAGAUAGCACAGGGAAUCAUGCAGGAAAGAGAGAGUUUAUCUGUACAACUGGAGAAAUUAAAGGCAAUGAAUCAGCAGCUACAGGACGACAGAGAUAUGAGGUUGAGCAGAUCGUUAUCUGACCCAUCAGAGGAUGAAAAGAAGAAGACCCUUGUCAAGCAAGGUUCCAUCAUGUCUAAUUACUUUGAAGAGGGAGUUAUCGGGGGGGACGGAGGAGAGCACAUAGUAGGGAGUAGUUCUCUAGACGGGGGUAGAUCUAGUCGUAGGAGUAGUCGUCACAGUGUCCAGCGUCCCAGCAUACACGGUCGAACCUUCUCAAGGGACCUCGCCCAUCAUCUCCAGCUCAGUCAAAGCUUCAUGUACGAUGAUGACGGGGAGUGUGAGGUCGACGAUGCCUUCCUGGAGAGCAGCGGGUUGCUGUCAUCGGGGCUGACGUCGCACACGGAGAGGGUCGUCUAUGAUGAGGUGGAAGAGGAUGAGUUUGAUGGAGGGAGUGAGGUCGUCAGGAGGAGAUCGGUUGAUAGGGCGUCGGCCAGUAGGGCGUCGACCGAUAGGGCGUCGGCAGGUGACAAGAGAAAGGCUUUCAAUAGGCAGGUGGUCGGAGAAACCAAGUCCAGUCCUAUUGAGCGUAGCGAGCCCACACCAAGCAGUAGUCCAGAGGGCCAGAGAGCUGAACCAGUAGGAGCUCAUACACCCAUAGACCAGGCUAUAGCUGAAGCCAAGAAGCUGGUAGCAGCGAACCGAACCCCAGAGAGACUGUAUAAGGUGGUGUUUGUAGGAGACUCUGGAGUAGGGAAGACGAGCAUCAUUCAUAGGUUCUGUACAGACACAUUCACAGACUCAUUCAGUGCUACAAUAGGUGUUGACUUUCAGGUGAAGUCUCUCUCAGUGUGUGGUAGCAUCGUAGCCAUGCAGCUCUGGGACACGGCCGGUCAGGAGAGAUUCAGAUCCAUCACAAGGCAUUACUUCAGGAAGGCUGAUGGGAUUGUGAUUCUCUAUGAUGUCACAUCAGAAACAUCUUUUCUCAAUAUCAGAAACUGGAUGAACAGUAUCGAGGAGACUACAGAUGGUCAUGUGGUGAAGAUGUUGCUAGGCAACAAGUGUGACUGUACGGAGGAUAGACAGAUCAAAGAGGAAGUGGGUCAUAGCUUGUCAGAGUCCUAUAAAUGUGACUUCUACGAAGUGAGUGCUAAAUCCGGCUCUAAUGUGACUGAGGCAUUCACUUCUAUGUCCAAGCUCUUAUUACUCAAAGAAGAUGAAGAGAUCCAGAACUCACUCAACCUCACAAAUGAUGAUGGAGAGGGGAGCAAGCGAUGCUGUGAGUCGUCUUAGAAUCAUGCCUCUUGGAAGAGUCUUUGGAAGAUUUGACUGCGGAUGCUGUUCUCACUACCGGUACUUCAAGAAGAGCGUUUAAAAUAGUCGUGAUGUAACUGAUGGAGAAGGAAGGAAGCGAUGCUGCGAGACGUCUUAGAAUUGUGCCUCUUGGAAUAAUUGGAAUAGCCAUGUCAUCCAAUAAUUGAGAGAGUCUUUGUGAGGUGUGACGGUGGCUGCUGUUCUCACUAUUUCAAGAAGAGCGUUUUAAUAAUAAUAGUAAUAAUAGUGGGUUCUUGUGUAGCGCUCAUGUCAUUGGAUUGCUAAUGGAUUGUCGUGAUGUAACUGAUGGAGAAAGAAGGAAAUGAUGCUGCGAGUCAUCUUAGAAUCAUGUUUCUGCUUGGUUGAUUGGUAUAAAAGUGAGGAGUCUUUGUGAGAUUUACGUCAGAACGUGUUCACACUCAAAAAUAAGGAAAGCUUUAAGCAGACUGUUGUGCUGAUAUACUUAUGGAGAUGUA